AUGCUCCACUGCAGCGUAAAGUGGCGGAUGACAAAAGAUUGUGGGAGGAAAUCGCUGCGGAGGAGGAGGAUCGGGCGCCUAGCAGCGGAGGCCGAAAAAGGGAUGGAGGAAGAUGCUCAGGUGUAUCAGGAUAAGCAGAUAGCGGAUGAAACGGCAAGGUUAGAUAAGGAGGCGGCAAAGAAGGUGGAGCGGGAUGCCAAGGUUUUGGAAGCGUAUCUGGCGGAGAGGGCGGCGGAGGAGAAGGCGGCGGAGAGGGCGGCGGAGAAGGUGGCGGCAGAGAGGGCGGCGGAGGAGAAGGCGGCAGAGAGGGCGGCGAAGGAGAGGGCGGCGGCGGAGAAGGCGGCGGCGAAGGAGAAGAUGGCGAAGGAGAGGGCGGAGGAGGAGAAGGCGGCGGCGGAGAAGGCGGCGAAGGAGAGGGCGGCGGCGGAGAAUGCGGUGAUGGAGAGGGAGGCGGCGGAGAAGGCGGCGGAGAGGGCGGCGAAGGAGAGGGCGGCGGCGGAGAAGGCUGGACAGGGGCUGAUGCCGCCGCAGCAGCCGGGGAGGAAGCAGCCAGGAACUGAAGAAAAAGCAGCCGGUGGUUGUGACGAGGCAACUGGACGCGUUGACGACGGAACAGGAGAGUACGGAAGUGCAGGCGCCGGUCAGGGGGCAGAAGCCGGCGGGGCAGACGCGGGCGGCGGGGCAAAGGCGGACGAGGCAAACGCGGCCGGGAGAGACGCGGGCGGGGCAGUCGCGGGUCGAAUCGCACAUCAAUCCUCGUUCGGACAGUCCGUUUCCGCACCUAGCUACGCUGGCGACUCGGGCAUUCCCUUGCUCGGCUCAGCCCCACUCCAGCGUAAACUGCAGCAGCAGAGGGUGCCUAUUGACUUGUGCAUCCCCCUGCCCAGCUCAAAUGCCCCACUCCAACGUAAACUGCAGCAGCAGAGGGUGCCGAAACAAAAGCCGGUGCCGCAGAGGCCGGUGACGGCGCCACAGCAGAAGCCGGUGCCGACACCAAGGCGGCCGGUCCCGGCGGUGGUGAAGCCUGCCGCGCAGGUGCAGCAGCCGGCGGCGGUGCAGCAGCCCGCGGAGGGGCAGCAGGCUGCGACGGAGAAGACGGAAGCGCAGAAAAUAGCAGAGGGUUAG